UUGACGUAACUUCCUGAAAGAUUGACAGCUUGCACCGCUUUCGUUGACUAGUGGAAAACGAGAGCUCCCGUUGUGUGAGAAACACAAUCACAACGGAUUUCUCUCGGAUUUACUUUUGUACUUUGAAAGAAGUUUACGAGAAGCGCACCCGGUUGUGGAGGUCACACCAGUCUUCGGGGUAUGAGAGUGGAGCGGACGCCCUCAACAAAGUAAAAGAGGUGGUAGCGCUGCCCGUUUGAUGGCUGCUGGGGAUGGAGCCCAGCUGCCUGCCACAGUAGCGGCCAGCCGGAGCGUGGACAAGGCGCUCGAGGAGGCUGCCGCGAGCGGGGCUCUGAACUUGUCCAACCGAAAGCUGAAGGAGUUUCCCCGCAGCGCCAAGAACUACGACUUGUCCGACAUUACGCACGCAGAUCUGUCUAAGAACCGGCUGUGUGAGCUGCCGGAGGAGCUUUGUCAGUUCAUCUCUCUGGAGACGCUGAGCCUUUACCACAAUGGGAUGCGUUCACUGUCGUCCAGCCUGGGCAACCUCCAGGCCCUCACCUACCUCAACCUCAGUCGGAAUCUUCUGUCCAGUUUACCCUCGUCGGUGUUUCAGCUUCCUCUCCUGCGAGUGCUCAUAGUCAGCAACAACAAGCUGUGUUCACUGCCCGCCUCCAUAUACUCCCUCACACACCUCCGACAGCUGGAUGUAAGCUGUAACGAGCUGAAGGGUUUGCCAGCAGAACUCGGCCAGCUCGAGUGUUUAAGGGACUUGAACCUGAGGAGGAACCAGCUCACCACUUUGCCUGAAGAAAUAUCCGAGCUCCCCCUCGUCCGGCUCGAUGUGUCCUGCAAUCGCAUUUCCCACGUGCCCCUGUGCUACCGCCACCUCCGGCACCUCCAGAGCAUCCUGCUGGACAACAACCCGCUGCAAAUGCCGCCUGCGCAGAUCUGCUCCAAGGGCAAAUACCACAUCUUCAAGUACCUCAACAUGGAAGCCUGCAAGAGGAGCCAGGAGGAGCUGGAGAGGCACCUGAGGCCCACUGGAUUCAACAGCUGUCUAUCAGACCAGGAGCUGUUCACAGGUCAGUUUGGAGGACUGGAUUCUGGCUUCAACAGUGUCGACAGUGGCAGCAAGCGCUGGUCUGGGAAUGAGUCAGCAGAUGACUUCUCAGAGCGUUCCCUUCGCAUGGCUGAGGUCAGCAGGGACCAGAGGAACCUGGAGGAGGAGGAGGAGGAGGAGGAGGAGAAUGGAUCUCCUGUGGAAGCUAACAAAGUGAAUGGGGAUGCUCGGCAUGUGGACUUCAUUGACAGCAGUGUGACAGAAGAAGAGAAGGAGAUCAGGACGGAUCCAGCACCUCUUCUGGAGCAAGAAGAGAGCUCUUCAUCGUCACAGGACACAAAAAUAUGCAGGAACAGCCUCCAUGUGGAGGUGGUUCCCCCAUCAUCGGCCUCCUCCUCUCCUCUGUCCCCCUCCAGCCCCACCCUGGAGGAGCGCAGGAGGCCGGGCACCCUCCUCAUCUGGCAGGAGAGGGAGCGUCUGCAGCAGCAGAGGGAGAAGGCCAGUUUGCUGAAGUCAUCCAGCAAAGCAGGAAGUCUUGUGGCCACUGCACCACAGACAGGAAGUAGCUCAGCUGGUGCAUCUCCAGAGAACAGCGGCUCCCACUCAGGCCUUCGGCAGCGAUGUGCAAGUGCUGAUCCGAUGAGCUCAGUGUCUCCCUAUACACUUCUACAACGCUCCAACAGCAGGACAGAUGUUCCCUCCUCCCCGAAGACAUCCCCCCCCCCCGGUCAGGCCCAGAGACCCAACAGUUUCCUGUUCCGCACCUCGUCCCGCGGCCACGUCAAACCCACGGGGUCGGCCUUUCCUCUCGGGGAGUCUGGCAGAAGUGAGUCUCGCACAAUGCUGCGGUCUCCUAAAGAAGAGAGAGCAGACAUCACACAGCUACGCAGGACUCUGGAGUCCCGGCUGAAGAUCACUCUGCCAGAGGACCUGGGCGAGGCCUUAUCCAACGGAACCGUCCUCUGCCAGCUGGCCAAUCACAUCCGACCCCGCUCCGUGUCAAUCAUCCACAUUCCCUCCCCAGCAGUGCCAAAACUGAGCUCAGCAAAGUGUCGACUCAACGUGGAAAACUUCAUUUCUGCUUGUCGCAAGCUGGGAGUCACUGAGACGGGCAUGUGUGCGUGCUCUGAUGUGCUUCUGUGUAAGCUGCCCGCUGUGCUGCGUUGUGUGACGGCGCUGCUGGCCGCCGGGUGGGGGGAGACGGCGGAGGACCGAUCCCCCCGCCACUCCUCGCCUUCGUGGUCGUCGUCCUCGCCGCUGUCCACAGACUUCCUGCUCUUCUACUGUGCAGCCAUGGCCCUGCUCUACGUCCUGUACUGCUACCUGCUGCUCUAGAGGAGCAACUCAGUAGUUUCAGACUCGCGUGACGGAUGAACUGAUCUACUUCUGAACUCACACACACAGCUGCUCCCACAGUUGUCAUCUCAGACAAUGCUCUGCUGUGUGUGUGUGUGUGUGUGUGUGUGUGUUUUUUUUCAGUGGCCUUUGAGCCGAUGUCAUAAGACCUCUAGAGUGUGUGUUGACACUCCACCGCUGCACUGGUUGGAUGUCUGAGCCGUAUCGAGCAUGCAGCAGAGCACCUUUUAGAAACAAAGAAUACACUACAGCACUCCGACGUUCGGAGGAAGCACAACACUGAUAACUACUAAAUGAGUUCAGCACGUUGAGGAGAUGGGAGCUUUAACUGUCUGAGGCAGGGCUGCUCUCAUUGGUUGAGACUUAAAUGGGUGGAGCAAAUCCAAAUUACAUGCUAUACCUCGCUGUUUGUAUCAAUUCUUAUUUUUUUUACCAAUGUGCACUCCCCUAACAUCCACUUUGAGAUGUGACUCAUUGAUAGUGUAUUAUGUAUUGUACACUGGAAAAAUGACACCAUGCAGACUGAACUAGAGUUUUAUUCUCAAAGAUUAGUUUAACCCGUUAUGAUGACACGGUUCUCCCCAUGCUGAGAACAGAACAGUGUAAAACAAUAAAAGCAGCUUAGUCAAAGCUGUUUGGAUACGAAGAGCAGGAGGAUUACCCAACCGGUUCAUAGACAUCCUCGCUGACCAACUUCCCUAACAUAGGAUAUGCUUUUUAGUGGAAGGAAAGAUCCAAUGAAAAAAAUCCCAAAUGAGGACUAGCUGAGCAGCUUAACUGAGCUCUAACUCGUUAUCAGAGAACACUUUGAGACCAGAUUGAUUCUUUAGCUCUGCUCCCCAAGUUUUAACUUGUUCUGUGUUCAGAGCAGCUCUUCCUCUGAGCAACGUUAAACUGCCCAGACGGAACUGUGAAUGUCGUUUUAGCCUUGAGACCUGGAUCUCAACAGUGUGACAGUGAGCCAUAUGACACAGUGCCUCUUACUGACCACUGCAGAGGCCGCUCCUCUUUUUAUACGUCUGCUAUGCUAACAGAGAAGCGUGGCGGUGAUGUCGCUGCAUCGACCUCCCCCCACACUUCAUGUGUCCAAACGGUACAACGCCCCCCAGGAGGUGCGUGUGAAGUCUGGUCUGUUUCACCAGCUGACUUUAUGUUUGUAUAAAUGUACACAGGCUAUUAAAUUAUUCCUUUUUUUAAUUUAUUAAAUCUGUUCUAUUUUGUUUCCGAGGUGAAGCAGCAGAGGCUUUGUGAAGUCAGUGCAUGUGCUUUAAAUCGCACACACGGGCAAAUCAGAUCGAUGUUCAAUUAUUCCGAGUUAAAAUAACAUUGAUUGUUUAAAAGUUUCCCCUUCCUUGGAUUGGUAAACAAUGGACUCCCUGGAGGCGACGCGUUGAGCAGCGCAUCAGAGGCCUCUGCUGCUUCACCCACGCUGUCUGGCUCAGAGCUCAGAAGGUCAGAAGUGAAUGUGAUUACCACGCUUAUUGGAGGGAUUUGAAAGCUUUUGGGGAUUCAAACUGCAAAGCCCUUAACAUUAAGAUCAUUUAUUGUUUUUACUUUAAUCUCGGAUUCAAACCAGAUUUAAACCAGAAUGGGACAUUAGAGCUUUCUACUAAAACUCUAAUCUCGUAAUUAUUAUUCCUAUCGGUUACAAAAUGUUGGGGGGAAAUUAAAUCAAGAAAUAACCUACAGUUACAUUUUUAUUGGCUUUUCCCUAGUAGCUGUGGAACAUUUAUAAAUAAUAUCAACAGUGUGGAUAUGGUCAUUUCUCUUCCAAUAUGGAACCCCGAAGUGCUCAAUAUUAAAUAAAUAAUUACGAAAUCACAUGAAGAAAUUGUGUAAAAUAUGCAAUUAGUCAUAACAGAAAUGUAUUUUUCCUAAUGACCCUUUUAUUUCAUGCCAUCUUAGCCUGUUAGCUCCCACUAGCUAGAGCGCCCACAAUGUUACUGAACCAACAAACUAGCUUCACUUGCUAAUAAACACACGCAGUGCCGCUUGUGUUUAGCCUGACAGAGCUAACCUGGCUAACGCGCUGGUAGCCCAGACAGGAAGUCUGCGUUAGCCACUUAGCUGCACUAAGGAGGCCAGUAAUAAACCAAGUGAGCCGAAGUAUUGUACUGCAAGUGUGUACUGUGUGUAAACUCUCUCUAGUUUACUGAUUCAAAAUGACUUUAGCAUCCUGGUUGCUCCGGCUAACGGAGGCUAACUGGUGAGCUUGCUUAAGAGGAAAAAUAAAAGCAGCUCUUGAAAAAAUGCCACAAUAAAAAACUAUGUUUAUAUUGUAAUUAAAACUCAAGUUAAACUAUAUGAAAAUGACAUUUCAUAUAAAGUUUAGUUUGAAAAUGUUCACAAAUAAUUGGUAUGUAUAUAUAUUUUACACAAUAUAUUCAUGGGUACUUAUUUCAUAAUGUCUUUUUGUUUAUAUAAUAACAUUUUGGGGCCCCACACUUCAAGGUGUUCAGCACACUGGUCCAGUUAUUGUCCACAUCUCUGCUGCAGUCUGAAUUUCCACUGUAAAAAGUCUCCUGUCCCAUAUCAAGUUUUUUUUUAUUAGCCUGCUGUUAUAAUGAAAUGUUAUAUCGUUUCAAUUCAAAAUGUAUAUUUUAUAAAUGAAACUGGAUAAGCAACAAACAGUAAUUCAUUCACUGGUUUAGACAAAGCUAUAUUCUUUAAUAUGUUAGCGGAACAGAAAUACAGUUGUAUUUUAUAUUUAUAUGACACCCUAGUAUUAUUGAGAAUCUUUUUGGAGUUUAUAUAAAUCUAUAUGUAAAGUUUUUUUCCAUCCCGCUGUAAAGACUUAAUUAAAAACCAACUUUGACCAUG